GAAACCCGGAAUUUAGAAGUUUCUCUGCUCUAGUUUUCCUGUGCUUUCUGCAGGCAGACGACCGCUCCAGACCCGGCUUCAGUCCCCGCCGAGCUUCGCCUCCAGGACCCGCAGGAUGGCGAGAGUCUGGGUCUGCGUGGGAGGUGCCGUCUUCUUUCUCUCCUGUCUGGUUUUGCACUGGCGCUUCAGUGACCCUCUGGUUUCAAGGACAAUUGCUUUUUACGUACCCUGGAGAACGGAGGAUUCUCUUUUCCGGCUGGAUUUGGGUUGGCCCAAGUAUUCGGAGUACUUCACUGGUUCGACCUUUUCUGUUGCGGUUGACUCCCUCAACGGGUUAGUGUAUGUAGCCCAAAGAGGGGAUAACAUCCCCAAGGUAUUAGUGUUCACAGAGGAUGGAUAUUUCCUUCGAUCCUGGAAUUAUACAGUUGACACACCCCAUGGUAUAUUUGUCUCCGGCACACCAUAUGAACAGUCCGUCUGGAUCACAGACGUAGGAAGUGGAUCCUAUGGUCACACGGUUAAGAAGUAUAAUUCCCUGGGUGAUCUUGUUCAAGUCUUGGGUACCCCAGGCAAGAAAGGCACAGGCUUGAACCCACUGCAGUUUGACAACCCUGCAGAGUUAUAUGUAGACGACACGGGAGAGAUUUACAUCGUGGAUGGAGACGGGGGAUUGAAUAACAGACUAGUCAAACUGUCCCAAGAUUUCAUGAUCCUCUGGCUGCGUGGAGAGAGCGGAGCAGGACCUGCGCAGUUCAACAUACCUCACAGUGUCACACUUGACGCAGUCGGUCGGGUGUGGGUUGCCGACCGAGGAAAUAAAAGACUCCAAGUAUUUGAUAAAGACACCGGAGAGUGGUUAGGAGCCUGGGACAGCUGUUUCACGGAGGAGGGGCCUUCGGCUGUUAGGUUCACCCCGGACGGGAAGUACAUGAUUGUGGCCCAGCUGAACCUCAGUAGGCUCUCAGUUCUGACGGCCCCCCCAUCUGGAGGCAUCGGUGACUGUUCUGUGAUCAGCAGCAUCCAACUGGCAGAUCAGGUUCUGCCCCAUCUCGUAGAAGUCGACAAAAAGACCGGGGCCGUCUAUGUAGCAGAAAUUGGUGCAAAACAAGUGCAGAAAUACGUCCCGUGGCACAGCCCUACUCCCACCGUUGGGGCUUAGGGCUUCCUCCUGGAGGAGCUGCAGGGAGCAGCGCAGAGCCCCAGAGUCAUUGUGUUUAGUCACUGAGGCACAGGGCCGUUGGUACCUCUUCCACCAGAGAAGUGUGUUGGGAUGUCAUUGAGAACUGUGUCUUCUUGAGGUUCCUGGGACUUAGUUUUACAACUAAGAGUUUUUUGUUUCUUUUUUUCUUUUCCUUUUUGAGGGUCAUGGAUGUUGAACUCUGGGCCUCAUGCACGCUGGGCUGCCGUCCUAGCACUGAGCUGCAUCUUCGCGUAAGCAGCUUUUAAAGAAAGAAAUGCAAUCCCGAAAUGGGGUUGUGAAGGGACACUGUGAUUGCAGCCGAGUUACUUGCUCAGGCUGAUUGACUCUCUGGGCUCCUAGGAUAGUCUUUUGAUUUCAUGUGAAGAUCUGGUCACUGCUGGUUGGUUUAACAACUGUAAAAUGGCCUGUGAGAGAUGCAGAUGGGCGGGCUGUAGAGCAGUCUGGUGCAUGCAGAGUGCUGCACCAGGCCAGAGCAUGCUGGAGUGAGGAGCAGCAUGGUCUGCCUGCAGUCCAGCAGGGACAGAGUGGGCAUGGUGAUGCAGGAGCAAGAGGACCAUGACAGACGGGACGAGCCGUGCAGGGUGGAUGUGUGGGAACUGCAGGCAGCGACAGCUUGGCCUCAGAGAUGAGCGAGACAGAGUCAACAGUACCAUCCAGGUAGAGAAGACCUAAGCCUUACAGACUUCCGUGAAUUCUGAGGAAAACACAAAGCCAAAAUUUUGCUCUUUUUUUUUCUUCUUCAAAAUGCUUAAUGGCACCCUUUACAAAUAAGACGGCAACAGCCAGCACCUAAGCACUUUACUAAAAUGGAGAUUUAGCAAUGGUAUUUUAAGAGUUAGUGCCAACAAUGAGUCCCUCUUCACUGUUGCCCAUCCCAUUUUUUAGAAUGAACUCACUUUGCUACUAGCACUUACCUACCUCCAAGAUAUUUUAGGGGGUCAGAACCCUUCACACAGAAGUGUGCCAAGCGCUGUGAGGCGUACGCUGCAUCUCCCUGCCUCUCUAGCCCACUCUUCCCUAUCUGAAUGCUGGCCUUCAGACGCAGACUCUGUGUUUUUCAGUCUGUUCUGGUUUAUUCUAGGUGUCCAUGGAAACGUUCCCUCUCAGGGUCUUUCGAUCACCCAUCCCCUUUGCUCCAUCAGCAUCCCCAGCUGUCCCAGUGUUACAUGGUGAUUGUGCAGCACACGGGAUGCCUGAGCUGACUUCACUCCCCACCCCCUACAGCUGAAGGGCCUGAGCGGUUUUGGUGCUUGGGUCACAUGCAGCUAUCUCUGCAGCUUUACACAGUUGAUACAUUGUUAAAGACAUACUUUUAUUAUUUUCAGUUAUGUUCGUGUAUGUAUCUGUACUAUGUGGGUGUGUGCACACCGGUAUAGAUGUCAAUAGAGGCCAAAGACAUUUGAUCCUCCUGGAGCUGGAAUUAGAGGCAGUUGUGAAACCAAACUCAAUCCUCUGUAAGAGCAGAAAACGCUUGUAACUUCUGAGCCUUCUCGGCCCUAGGAGUCUGCAUUUUGUUGUAGAUAUAAAACUUCUCAAUGCCUUUGCUUCCUAGGGUUAUUCUUGAUAGAGGAGGAGGAAGUGUCCUAACAAGAAAGCCAAAGGCUGUGGUUGUCUCUCCUUCCGCUCUGAUAAGAAUGAAUGACUUUAAGACGGAGUGUCUGUCAGUUGGAGAAAACUUGGUUACAAUCUGGUAGCGACAAACCACUGUGCUGCCUUGUGACAAAGAAGUAACUGGUUUUGCUUCUUCUGGUUCUUAGAGGCUUUUGAGUUUGUUUUUUUUUUUUUUGUCACUACAUAUAUUUAUUAAGGAAAUUAUAUGGGUUACUGCAAAAACACAGUACAAAAGAUUGAAGUUUGACCCUUUUCUGCUCAGGACGUCCCUCUACUCCGAAGCUUCAUCUUGUCCUGGCCUCUCUGAAUGCGUUACCACGGUUAGUGUUUCUCCUCCUUCUGAUCUUCCUUCUGUUCCCCAGUACCAGAACUUCCAGAAUCUUCCUCUUCAGAUGCCAUCUUUUUAUAUGCCAUUUCAAAGAGUUUCAAUGAUGCCUGCUGAAGUGAAGAUGCUGCCUGUCUAUGUUUUCUCCCGUCUCACUGUCCUUCUGAGCAAGGAGUUCUCUCAUUUUGGAAAUCUCUUUCUUUAGCUUGUUGCACUCAUUAGCAGGUAACUGGUCCUUGAACUCUUCUGUCUUGGUUUCUGUGUCAUGAAUAAUUUCUUCAGCCAUAUUCAACGGCUUCAACAUGUUCCUUUUUUUUCAGUCUUGCUCAGCAUACUUCUCUGCAUUUUUAACCGUAUUUUCAAUGUCAUGUUUGCUUAGUCCACCAGAAGACUGGACCACAAUCUGUUGUUCACGACCCGUUCCUUUUUCUUUGGCAGAAACGUGUACAAUACCAUUGGCAUCAGUGUCAAAUGUAACUUCAAUUUGUGGGACUCCCUGAGGGGCUGGUGAUUUUAUAGUUAAUGCAACUGGGAAUUCUAAAAUUUUCAUUCUUAGACUCACUAAAUUAAAUCAGACUCAUGAAAAUAAAAUCCCUGAACUUA